AUGUUUGGCGGGAACCAAGCUCACAAGUACCGACUCAGGGUCACAGCAGGAACGGAGUACAACCCAGAUACCCACAAGACUGUACCUGUCAACAGGGACCAGACACUACGAAUCGAGAACGACCUUGCGAUUGUGAGUCUCUGCGUUCGGAUCCAGAACUAUACCGGCUAUCCCGACGACUCCCCCGCAACGCACCCCUACUUCUCGCACCCCCUCCACCAAAACGACCAAUACUCCAUCUCCUUCGCCAUCGUCUUCAAGAAACCCGUCAACGGCAACGACCUGAUCUUCGGCAAUGACUUUGACCGACCCAUCAGGGACCGCCUCCCGCCGGGCUUCAACGCCGCACUGAAACUCGUCAAGUGGACCAUCGACCCGGCCAUGGACGGCGACGCGUACGCGGAUAAACCGCACCUGUAUAGCCCCGCCGUCGCCUCGCUAAACCAGUUCCGGAUUGGGGAGACGAUCGCGAAGAACGAUGAGGUGCCGACGGUGCAUGAUGUGGUUGUUGAGGAGGGGGCGGACGGGUCUGGGGUGGAGGAGCGCGCGCAGCGGGGCAUUCCGGAGGGUGUAGCGGAGCGGCGCAAGAUGUUCCAGAAUGAGGAGGAGAGGAAGAAGUUUGUUUUCGAGGCGGGGAGGGUGUACUCGGCGGAUUUUGGGAAUCCGUAUCUGGUCUUUAAUGAUUUCUCGCUGCGGCUUCCUGGGUUGACGGUCCAUGCGACUAAAUUCAUUGACGAGAAGAACCAUGACCUGCGGUAUGUUCUGAAGAAUAGGGAGACGGGGGAGGUCUAUUUUGUUGUGCUGUUCACGCUCGUCUUGCUGGAUACGGAGAAAGAGCGGGGGGUCAAGGAGCGCUCUAAGCGGGAGAUCCAGGAGAGCACGGAGAAGCAUGAAGAGAAUGAAGGGAAACUAGGCAAGUUUGAAUGGGAGCCGGAACCGUCGGCGGGGGAUGUUGAGUGA